AGCAGCGGCGGCAAGCAGCGGCGGCGGCAGGGCAGCGGCGGCUCUCGAACAGACCUCAAUGAAAGCGGCGGUGGAAGCUGCUGAGCAGAAAGACGUAAGCAGGCUAAUUAUAGCUGGUGGCAGCGAGAGGGGAUGUAACCUUUUCGGCUCAAGGCUGCGAGGUGCGUAACCCCAAGCGGACCCAAUGCCAGCGUUGCCACAGGUGAUUUGAUUUCCUGUGACGGUAGGUUAGUCAGCCAGGCAUAUUUCGUAACAUUUUUACUUUAAAGUCCUUUUGGACUAGGUGCCAUCUGGAGCAGGGGCAAGACCCCUAGUAAAAGUCGUACUGUUGAUAGACUGACGACCAAAAUUUUAAAAGUGACUCCUCCCGUUACCUCCUCUCCGCUCUGCGAGGCAGAUGGGAGCCAUGGCUUACCCCUUACUCUUCUGCUUCCUGCUCAUUCAUCUGCGAUUGGGAGUUGUUGGCGCUAGCCGCGACCCUCCGGGUCGGCUGGAUUCCCCUCGAGAGAGCACCCUGAGGGCGAAGCAGCACUCCCAACAGUGAGCUCGAACCUCUGCCUCGGACGCCUCAGCUCCCUGGAGCCGCUCCACCGACGGCACCAUCUUGGCACAGAAACAUGCCGAGGAGGUGCCCAUGGACGUGGCCUCUUACCUCUACACCGGAAACUCCCACCAGCUGAAGCGAGCCAACUGCUCCAGUCGCCACAAGUUGGCGGGCCUGCCGGGAAAGUCGCCUGCCCUAGCCAGCUCCCAUCCCUCCUUGCACGGGGCGCUGGACACGCUGACACACGCCACCAACUUCCUCAACAUGAUGCUGCACAGAAAUAAGUCUCGGGAACAGAACUUGCAGGAUGACCUGGAGUGGUACCGGGCACUAGUGCGGAGCCUCCUGGAGGGUGAGCCCAGCAUCUCCCGGGCGGCCAUCACCUUCAGCACGGAGUCGCUGUCCACGCCGGCCCCGCAGGUCUUCCUCCAGGCCACACGUGAGGAGAGUCGCAUACUGCUCCAGGACUUGUCCUCCUCCGCACGCCACGCUGGAGACCGAGUGGUUCCACGGCCUCCGGCGCAAGUGGAGGACCCAUUACACCGCCUCGGCUCCAAUCAGGGGCCCCGGGGCCUGGGCCAUAGCUGGCGGCGCAGGGACGGGCUUAGCGGGGACAAGAGCCAUGUCAACUGGUCCCCGCCUUAUCUGGAGUGCGAGAACGGGAGUUACAAGCCCGGGUGGCUGGUCACUCUCUCCGCUGCUUUCUACAGGUUGCAGCCUAACCUGGUCCCGGAAUUCAGGGGUGUCAUGAAAGUUGACAUAAAUCUUCAGAAAGUGGACAUUGACCAGUGUUCAAGUGAUGGCUGGUUUUCAGGAACUCACAAGUGUCACCUUAACAAUUCAGAGGUUUCAGGCUGCACCUCCGUUAUUUCACUUGGGCCUGGAGUGACGCCACAACUGCCCAGUUUGCGUGGCUGACACCUGGUUUGGGGAUAUAAAUUCGGGACCUCAGGUUUCUCUGAGGACGGAUUUCAGGCCCAACACGGUGGCUGUCCCCACCCUCUCCACGUGGACACUCGUGGGAGUCCGGCUUCAGAGAACUGCGGUUGUCUGACGCGGAGUGAUCCGGCCUGUUCUGUGCGGCUGUGAUGCGAGAUGUGUAUUGAGUCCGUACGUGUCCGAGGGUGCGUCUAAAGAUCGAGAGAGGAUUACAUGACACCGACUGUGCAGGUGUCCUGCAUGAGGAAAUUGGUACGUGAAAUGGUUUUGAGACCGUUUGACUUAGUGGAUGGGCCGCCUACUGUUGUAGGUUCAGGAGGUGAGCUGCCACGCGCAGUGACUAUGAUGGUACUAAUGUGUGAGUGGUUUGAGACCAUGUAAUUGAUUACACAGGCUUGCGCGCGACGGGGCUACGCCGUCAGUGACCUUGUAACAUUUGGUGGAAGGCUGUUUGUGCUGGGUCUACCUCUGACCACCCGGAGGCUUUGGCUGUGGCGAGUGUCUGCAGGUGAAUUCCACGGGAGAAUGGAGGAAGUUGGUCUGUCGGGACUAAGAGGGACCCAGGUGGAUGAAUCACAGAUCCCUGGGGCAGGUCACGUUGGUUCUAAGCCUUACGUGUGGGGGUUGGGGGAGAGAGGUGUGAGGUGACUCUGUGUGUCUAGGUGUGUGUGAGAGGCUGGAAUUAACUGAGAGGGAUGGAAACUAGUACAGAUUAUCUGCCAGAAGGGACACAUCUAUGGUAAAGAUUUUCAACCUUUCUGAGAGGCCAGAAACCCCAUCUCUUAAGUGUGAAGAAAUGUAGUAUCUGUGAGUACAUGUAGUUGUGCUUCUGUUUCUGAUCCAUGUAUGUGAAAUGGUUUGCACUUGGGAGAAGGUAUUGAGUGAAAUAUAUGAAGUAUGUGAAGGUGGUUAGCCACAGUACCCAAGUCUCUGGAUGAAUUGUAUGACAGUGAAAGGGCUGGUGAUUAUAACUCUGUGACUUUGAGCUUGUUUGAACUGAGUAUGACUGAGUAAGAGGUCAUGUGAGAGUUUUGGUAAAUGUGUUUGUGUGUUUUAGAAUGCGAUACAUCAAAGUUAAAAUCUGGAAGAUAGUGUAUGUGGCUAUGAUCUGAAUUUACUAAGAAUA